AUGCUUUCUCCAAUAAUUGGUAUUGCUUUUGGUAAUACAUCUUCUUCCAUUGCGUAUAUUAACCCCAAACAAGAUGUGGACGUAAUUGCGAAUCCCGAUGGUGAACGUUCUAUUCCAUCCUGUCUUUCAUAUGUUGGUAAUGAUGAAUAUCACGGUGGUCAAGCCUUACAACAAUUGAUUAGAAAUCCAAACAACACUAUUGUGAACUUCCGUGAUUUUAUUGGACUACCAUUUAAUCAGUGUGAUGUUAGUAGGUGUUCUAUUGGUGCUCCUGUUGUCGAUGUUGAUGGUAAAGCUGGUUUUAUAAUUUCAAGAAGUGAAGGAAAGAAAGAGCACUUGACUGUUGAUGAGGUUGUAUCUAGACACUUGAAAAAUUUGAAAGAUGCGGCGGAAGAUUAUAUUGGACAGAAGAUUGAGAAAACUGUGAUCACUAUCCCAACCAACUUUUUGGAUGUUCAAAAGAAGGCCAUGACCAAGGCAGCUGCUAAAAUUGGGUUAGAAGUUGUUCAGUAUAUUUACGAACCUUCAGCUGCUUUAUUAGCACAUACUGAACAAUUUCCAUUUGGAGAUGAUGUCAAUGUUGUUGUUGCAGACUUCGGAGGUGUUAGAUCAGAUGCAGCUGUCGUUGCUAUUCGUAACGGCAUGUUCACUUUAUUGGCCACAGAACACGAUUCAAACUUGGGUGGUGUCAAUUUAGACACUGAGCUUGUUGAAUUUUUUGCCAAGGAUUUUGAGAGCAAAUAUAAGUGUAACCCAAGAAGCAAUACCAGGUCUAUGGCAAAGUUGAGAGCCAGUUCUCAAAUUACGAAGAAAACCCUAUCCAAUGCAACUACAGCCACUAUCUCAAUCGAUUCUUUGGCUGAUGGUUAUGACUAUCACUUGUCUAUUAACAGGAUGAGAUACGAAUUGGUAGCUAACAAAGUCUUCUCUGAGCUAUCCCAAUUCGUUCAGCAUGUUAUUACUAAGGCAAACAUGGAUCCUUUGGAUAUUGAUGCUAUAUUAUUAGUCGGUGGGACAUCCUUCAGUCCUAAAUUAAUUAGCAAUUUAGAAUUCCUAUUUCCCUCAAGUGUACAGAUUUUAGGCCCACAACUAAAGACGGCAUUUAACAAUCCAAAUGAAUUAUUGGCGUCUGGUGCAGCCCUUCAAGCGGAAUUGGUUUCAAAUUACGACGCAGACGAACUGGCUCAGGCUAUGGAGCCAAUUGUAAUUAACACUCAGCAUUUAUCUAAAGAUAUUGGAUUCGUCGACGCUGAAGGGAAUUUUGUGUCUGUGCUCAUGGCAGAGACUUCGUAUCCAGUCAAGAAAACCGUGCUCAUGACGGAAGCUACUGGUGAUUUACUAGUCUCAAUUUGCGAGGCUGACACCGCUAUCAGAGAAACAGUUUCAGAAGCUGCAGUAACUAAUAAAAAAGGUACUGAGAGUGAUAAAGAAGACGAUGAAAGUGACUGGAGUGAUGAUGAACCUGAAGUUAUAAGACAAAAAAGCUAUGUUUUGGGGACUAAGCUAAUGGAACUAGGUAUCAAAAACGUUCAGGGUGUAGAAAUAUCCUUCGUAAUCAACAAAGAUGGGCUCUUAACUGUUACCGUUAGAGAUUUAAAUUCUAGCAACUUAGUUAAAGGGUCAUUGUAG